CUCACUGUCUCCGUCUUGUGGUCAUCAAAGGGGUGCAGGUCGCUUCGCAGUUGAAAGCUGCCUAGUGUUUUUCAUGUUGUGUUCUCAGGAUCACUUUGGGGGGGGGGUUAAAGGUUUUUAGAAAAAUAAAGAGACUAGGAAAGCAGGGUCAAAGCCUGAAAACGGUGAUUACGAGAUAACAAGAAGUAAUGAAGGAGCUGAAGGAGCCGCUGAAGCGAGUCUACACACCCCCUACCGAUCUGACAGAACGGCGAACAGCAUGCAGUUAAUUGUAAAACAUAAAGAAAUCGUUUUUUUUUCAAUCAGGGCUGUAGUGGAUUUGUUUCCAGACAAGAUCAUCCGCUGUUCCGAAUUUUACACGCCGUGUUUUCCCAACACAGAGAGAAAUAGAGACUGAAUUUGUAUUUUUUGUUGUUGUUGAACAUCAUCGGACACUUGUUGAAAUUGGAGUUGCUGUUUAAAUAUAUACGUACAUAUUAAUUGCGUUCUUUAAAACAAACUUUGAAAAAUCAGUUUUUAAACUUAUGGAGUAUUUGAGCAAAUCUUAUAUAUUUUUCGUGCAUUUGCAACUGCCUUGUGUGAUUUUGUAAUACGGAGUCCGUACAAUCACAACGAAGAGGAUUUUAUAACUGGGUAUUCGCUGUUUUGUUAUUGUGGAUUUCUGGAUUUAAAAAAAAAACAAAAAAAAAAACAUUAAAUAUUUUUAAGAUCAUUGAAGUUGUUUGGGAAAGAAAUGGGAAGACCAAUGACAAGCUACUGACAAAAAUAUAUACUUUAUUUUUGUUCAUUUAUUAACCGAACAAAUCAUGUUGAAAGACAUGUCAAACUUUUAAAUUUUAUUUUAUAGACUUCUAGACCAGUAUAAUUUUUGUUUUUUUUACAGUAUGGCAGUCCCAAUUGUUGGAAAGGUUCAACAAAUUAAAUAAAAUGUAUUUUGCUAUAUUGAGGGGGUUAUAAUUGUUAAUUUUUUUAUUUUUAAUUACAAAAAAGAAAAUGAUGGCUUCCAAAAAAUGGAAUAAUUUUUAUGUUCGUUAACAUCACUAAUGUGGGGGGGUUUGGGCUCCUGGAUAUUUUAAAUCUUACAACAAAAGAAAAUGUACAUUUAAUAAAUGUAUAUGGACACUGUUUACAAACAAGAAAACAAAAAAAACGAUUUAUGGCGCAGCGAAUAUGGGACUGAGAAACUUGCAUUGAAAUAGUUAAUAUAUUUUCUUAUAUGCUAUUUCUAUUAGUAGAUUUCUAUUUUCAUAAAAUAUUUCAUAUUCAACUAGUGAAACUUUGCGGCCUGCGUCAUGGCAGGAUCUCCGGGUUCAGGUGGCACCAACCCCCGGAAAUUCAGCGAAAAAAUUGCGCUGCACAACCAGAAACAGGCUGAGGAGACUCGGGCCUUCGAGCAGCUUAUGACAGAUAUCACUCUCUCCAGGGUGCAGUUCCAGAAGGUUCAGCAGCUGCAGCUAACACAAACCCGGGCGCAGUACUAUGGCGGCUCUCUGCCAAACGUCAAUCAGAUCGGCAACACUAGUGCAGACUUUCAGGGCUCGUUUACACCAGGAUUGGACAGCAUGCGCGGCACUCGGCACCACGGGCUGGUAGAGCGUGUCAGUCGAGACCGCAGCCGACUCAACUCUCCACACCGGCGACUUGCAGACAAGCUCGGACGCCAGGUCGAGAGCUCUCCGUAUGGAUCUGUGUAUCUGUCUCCGCCCCCGGAUAACAGCUGGAGAAGGGAGCAGCCAUCCUGGAGCGAAGAGAAACGGCCCGGAUUUAGAUUAUUAUCCCAGCUCAACAGGACAAAUUCCGACUCUGCUCUGCACACGAGUGCCUUGAACCCCAAUCCCCAGGACCCCUUUGUGGGUAUGAACCAGCAGAUGUCGAGAGCGCCCCCUCAACGCAACGUCAGCGUUAAUGAAGCCGAGAUCGACGGGAUGGGAGAUGUGUUCUCGUUCCCAGCCUUGGCAAACGAGGAGAGUCUGAUGGGUGUCAGCAAGCCACUCCCCAAACAGCUGUGGGAGGCCAAGAAGGUGCAGUCUCUGUCCUCACGCCCCAAAUCAUGUGAAGUGCCUGGAAUCAAUAUUUUCCCGUCCCCGGAACAGAAUGCUGGGCUCUCCCAUUUCCAGGGGACGUUGAACACAGGCGGAUCACUGCCAGACCUGACCAACCUGCACUUCCCCUCUCCACUGCCCACCCCGCUGGACCCUGAAGAUGGAGGGUACCCCAGCCUGAGUGGAGGGAGCAGCACAGGAAACCUGCCCGCUGCCAUGAUGCACCUGGGCAUUGGGAACUCGCAAGGACUCUCCUCCUCCCUGAGUAACCCGUCCAUCCAGGCUACCCUCAACAACUCUCAGCUGCACUCAUCGCUCAGCAACCCCUCCAUCCACUCGUCUCUGCGCCUGUCCUCUCUGUCCAACCCACAACAGGGGGCCCUCAGCAACACGCCGCGCCGGCGCCACACCCCCGUCAGCCCCCUGACCCUGUCUCCCGGGGCCGAGCAGCGCAGGGGCCUCGGCAUGCAGCUCUCCCCUACCAUGUCCCCGUCUCUGUCCCCCAUCACACAGUUUGCCUGUUUUCAGGGCGUUUCCUUGGACACCAGCAGUCUGCCAAUGGAGCCGCCCCCUCCCUACCACCUGUACCAGCAGUCCCAGCAGUCUUUGCAACAACAGCAGCAGCAGCAGCAGCAGCAGCAGUCCCACCAGCCAAUACAGCAGAGCUCCCAGCGUUCCUCGGGGCAACAGCAGCAACAGCAACAGCAACAGCAGCAGCUUCAGCAGCAGCAGCAGCAACAGCAGCUUCAGCAGCAGCCAGUGGCUUCCCUCCACAACCUUCAUAUGGAUCUGAACUCCAAUGCCAAUCACAACUCAUUGGGGGCGUUCUUCUAUGAUCCCUUCAUGGACACCCAGCUCUCGGGCAGGCAGUCCAAGUCCCUGUCUUACCAGCAGCUCGACCAGUUCAACAUGUUGGAGAACUCCAUGAGUUCACUGCCGGGGGGAAGCUGCUUUGACCCGGGGUCCAACCUCUGCUACUCCCAGGCGUCACUGAUGGGGUUGGGUGGGAGCCACGGGGACCUGCAGGAGUCACUGCAGUUGCGGCAGAACAUGUUCUUCUCAAACUGCGGGGGAGGCAUCCCCAACAUCAUUCUAACAGACGAGUCGAACCCGAGCCUGUCCAAGGAUAUCAGCAGCGCGCUGGCAGGGGUGCCGGAGUGCUUUGACUCGGAGGGGGAGUUCCUGGGCAACGAGUUGCGAAUCGAACCCCUCAGCCUGGACGGACUGAGCAUGCUGAGUGACCCCGACAUGGUCCUACCUGACCCCUCUGUGGAGGACAGCUUCCGCAGUGACAGACUCUAGGGAGAUGGAGUAGGGGAAGAGGAUGCUUUGUAAUGUGGAUAUCACCCCCUACACACACACAUACAUACACACAUGCAUCACACACACACACACACACACGCAUACACACACAGGGAAUGGGGGCUUUGGAUCCUGUAGAGCCACAGAGCAGACCCGUUUACCAUCCAGCCACUUUUUUAUUUAGGUUUUUAUUCUUUUCCUAUCCCAAUAUCUGCAAAGACAGUGUGAUAUCGAUAGCUGUGUCUGUUCUAAAACACACAACCUGCAAUGUGGAAGGGUUAGCCAUCUUCUAUACCGCCAGCAAAGAUUGUGUGGCCCCUGGUCCUGUUCUGGAACACCAGAGCACAGUUUAAAAUCUGUAAAAUACCCUGCAUCAUACCAUCACUAUAGUAUCCAUGUACCCCAAUAACCUGCUGUCUGUCUUCUGCAGGAUUAAAACCUGACCAAACCCUUCCAAGGCAGGCCUGUGCCCGACCUGUACUGUAAAUUAAAAACAUAUCUAUAAUGGAGUUUCUCCUCAGUCAAACUCCACGAUAACCUGAAAAUCUGGCAGAAUUAAACACAAGAGGGGAGAGAUUUUUUUAAAUCCAGUGUUUAUAUUUAAAAAAUGUAUUUAGCUUUUUUUUUUUUUGUACAAAGUCGUUUGACGCAGAUUUUUUUUUUUUUUUUAAUGCAUUAAAAACAAAAGGGCAAAAAAUAGAAGAAAUAAAAUAAAGGAAAUAGAAUGAGGGUCUUCAGAGCUUGGAGAAUCACAUUCUUUGUAAACUGGUUUCUUUCUCUAUAGAUGCUAAAUGCAUCUGUUCUUGUAAUCGGACACCACCAGCACUGUUCGAGUAACACACCUGUAUUGUGAAAACUGUAUUUUAUAUAUGUAGAGUUUAACUGAGGAGAUCUGUGAUGGAGAAACCCUAAAAGUGCAUCUAAGCAAGUAUUUUUGUCAAAUGGACAUUUCCCACCCAAACACUGCAGAGAUUGAACAGCUAAUCAAGGUUUGGUGGGACAUUUUCAACGCAUUCAAUGCGGUUCUGUGAAAUCUCACAGUUACAACAUGCAGCCACCAGGAGGAGUAAAAAGGGAAGGACAUUGCUUUGAAUAAGUUUUUGUGGCCAAAAUGACUUCCCCUUUUUUAAAUUGCUAUUUUUAUAUACCUUUUAAUUUAAGCUGAAUUUUUACAUAGUGCACAGUACCUCUUGUUGUUGCAUAUUGUAAUUGUGUUAUUUAAAAAAAAAAAAAAAAAAUCAUUCUUUCUUUUAAGGGAAUGAGUAAUCAGACUUUUUUCCAUGUGAAUUUCUUUUUUAAUUAAAUACGAAAUCUUUUGGUAAGUUAAGGCAGAGAUGUUGUUUUUAAGCGAGGUUUCUGUUUCUGUGUGUUGACUAACUGUACUGUGGGGGGAGAGAGACUAAUACCUGUGGAACAGGAAUCCAAUAUGUACCUGAAGAAGUGAAUCUGAGGCUCAGACAUUAAAAGCUCGAUUGCACAGUGAUAAAGGGAGCAGUGACCAUCAUAUAUGAUGGUUUUAUUUUUUAAUGAAUAGCAAUGCAGUCACUAAUCUUGAGCUGGUUUCCAGUAAACCGUCUAGUUGGAGGAGAGGGGCGGGAGUAGAAUUGUUUCUGGGGCAGAUUUCAGUAUCAGUACCUUUUCUCUAUAAUGUUGCAAAAGUCUUUUUGUUUGUUGUCAUCGUUAAUGAGUAGUUUUGUAUGUUUUGAAUACCAAUGUGGUUUACUAGCAGUAGAACUUGUCCUAGCUCGGAAUCCCACCAGGGGGUGCUGUGGAGUAGUAAACAAGCAGUCUCAAGGAAAAGAAAACCCAACUGGGCUAAGCUGAGCUGUGAGCUGCUGAAUCUGUUUGUUUUUAGGAACAAACCCAUUUACAGCAGAUUUCUGCCCCCAGUAGAAGGCCUGGGCCUAGCUAAAGGGUGUUUGACAAACAUGUUGUCUAACAAUUCAGAGACCAGAAGAAAGAACUAGGAAUGUGAAAGUGGAUCUUUUAUAAAUUACACAUACAGUACACAAUAAAUACAUAAGUUUGUGUAAGUUCUGUAAUGUACCUUUGUAAGCGAUUGUAAUACUGCAGUAAAUCAUCUGUCACAUACUUCCCUUCACUAUAUAGGUCAACUAAUAGAGCAAAAUGAUUUCUGGUACUAUAUUAGGUUAAAGUUAUUUAGGUAGUUUUCUUCCGAGGUCACAGCACCUCAGCAGUGCCUUUGUAAAGCAUGCCAGUGACUGGGAGAAGCAGCUGGUUGAUUAAAGACAGAUUGUGAAGUGAAGUGCAAGAUGGGUAAAAGUUCAGAAAUUAUUACCUCAAAUAUCACCACUUUACAAAGUGUUUAUAAAGUGGUAUUAAAACUGUGUCAAAAUUAUUACUGAUUCACUUUCAUUUUUCUAGUUUUACUGGCCAUCCUCCUAGUUUUGUUUCUGGCACAAGUUGAUUCUAUUCUACGGAGCGUUUGUAAAACAAGAGUUUAUUUUUUUAGGAGGAUAUUUUUGCAGCUAUAUUAUAAUAAUAACAAUAAAAAAGCUUGGGCUCAAAGUUCAUUUAAAGUUGAUACCCUCUUGUCUGCUUACAAACCUCCUUACCAAGCACCCACAAUUCAGAGGAGGGGAAUACAACUGCUAAACAAUUACUCCUUCGAAAUGUCUGACUGUUUGUAACCUGUUUUUUGUAACCAGUAAAUUGAAAAGUUAUUGUAACACCCCCCCCCCCCCCCCCCCCCUUCUACUGUUGGUCUGGUCUUGACUGUGAGGUGGAGAUUGCUAACACCCCUCCUGUUAGGUGUGGUUUGGUCCUUUCAACUAUUGCCUUAUUCUAACAACCCUCUCACACCUCACAAUCAAAUAUGUGUCACCCAAAUUCUUUUCUACUUAAUUCUGUGUGUAUCUCUAUUUUAUGAUUUAUUAUGAUUACUAAUGUUAUCAAUUUAUCGUAGAAGGAAUUCAACUUUUCUUUUUUUUUUUUAAAGUCUUGUUACUAUGGUUUUUGUUUUUGUUUAAACAAUGUACAGUUCUAUUUAAAGAGAGAUGUUUCUUGUCCACUAGUGUUAACAUUUAUUUUUUAUUUGUAAUAUGGCAUUUUUAAAUCUUUCUUUUCGGAUAUUAAAAUUUUACUACACAGGAAUGCUUUUGGUCUGUGUUU